AUGGUUGAUUUCAAAGUUAAAGUUGGUACUUUUUCCCAUGGUAUUAUAACCGUUUUAGUUAGUACAGAAGAUACUAUUGCAUCUUUAAAAGAUAGAUUAGUUGCCCCCACUGGAAUCCCACUCGAUCAACAAAUCAUUUUUAUGAAUGGGGUCGCUUUGGUCAAUAGCAAAACCUUAGGUUUCUAUAGAAUCAAUGUCAAUAGUAUUCUUAUUCUAACUGUACGUUUAUGA